UAAUCAUCAUGUUAAACACAAGGAUUGUUUUCCUUUUGAAUUUGUCGAUACUUCUUUGGUGUGUUUCGGCUAGGAUAAGCCGUCCGGUAUCAGACGAGUUAGCAACAUUAAAGGAAGCUGUUGGUGACAUCCUGAGACACCAACAUGAAAGGGACGAUAGAAUCGAUAUACUCGAAGAGGAAAUAGAAAAACUAAAUGAAAUUCUGGAAACCCAAUCUGAGCAACUCGAUCACCAAAAAAGGGUUAUAAGAGAACAGGAAAGUGAAAUCAGACAACAAAAAGAACGCGUUGGCAAUCUUGAGAACAUAAUUUAUGACCUCUUGACGGAAAAGAAAUACACCGAAAAAGAAUUGGCAUCAAAAGAUGAUGGUGCCGACGCUAGCCAAUCGUCUGCUCAUUCUAACGACGAGAAACAUGCUAGGCGAGACGUACAAAAGAUUCGUCAAAUAGAAGUCGGGACGGCGGUUGCUUUCUUGGCAACGAUGUUCAAUCAAAACGAACACACUGGAACAAAUCAGCCAUUGGUCUUCGAACGUGUCGUUACAAACAUUGGAGGCGCAUAUAAUCCCCACUUUGGCACAUUUUUGGCACCAGUUAACGGCGUCUACGUAUUUACAGUGACGCUACUUAGCUCUCCAAACCAAGUUGCACACUACUACCUUUACCAAAACAACACCCCUGUGGUCCACCUUACACUCUACCACCCUUCGUCUGAAACGUAUACAUCUAUGUCUCAAACAGCAGUCCUCUCGCUAAACAAAGGCGAUGAUGUUUCAGUUCGAAACCUUGAUGCAGGCACAAGAACAUUAGGGGAUAACUACAGCUCAUUUUCCGGCUUUAUUCUGUGGAUGACCGAAGCACAAACUCCCGAUAUCGUCGGUUAACUCUGUUUCUAAA